CCUCUCUAUGAGGUCCCAGUCGCUACUAAGGAACAACUUGACACUGCCGUCCAACAUGCCAGGAAAGCCUUCAAGUCAUGGAGCAAGACAACCCACGAGGAGAGGUCCAAGCUCGUGCUUGCAUAUGCUGAUGCCAUUGAGGAGAACCGCGAGGCGCUCGAGAAGCUUCAGACCAUGGAGCAGGGAAAACCAUUGGGCUUGGCGAACAAUGAAAUGAGCAUGACUCUCUCUUGGUUGCGAGCAUUUGCAACCAUGGAAGUUAAAGACGAGGUGAUCGAGGACACUGACGAAAAGACGAUCUAUUCCACGUACCCUCCUCUGGGUGUUUGUGGUGCCAUUGUGCCCUGGAACUGGCCAAUGCUUUUGGGCCUGGGCAAGGUCGGACCAGCCUUGAUGACGGGUAACACUAUCAUCAUGAAGCCCUCGCCAUACACACCGUACUGCGAUCUAAAGCUAGGCGAAAUCGCCAUGUCCAUCUUCCCUCCCGGAGUGUUCCAGGUUCUCAGCGGCGAUGAUAAUCUCGGACCGUGGAUGACGGCGCACCCGGGUAUCGACAUGAUUGCCUUUACCGGAUCAAUUCCAACGGGAAAGAAAGUAGCCGAGAGCUGCGCAAAGACUCUCAAGCGUUGUCUACUCGAACUUGGUGGCAAUGACGCCGCGAUUAUUUGCGAAGAUGUCGACAUCCAGAAGUGCCUGCCCAAGAUCGCUACUCUUGCUUUCCUGAAUUCUGGCCAGAUCUGCAUGCUGGUUAAGCGUAUUUAUGUUCACGAGAAAAUCUAUGAUCAGUUCAGAGACGCGAUGGUAGAGUUUACCAAGAACAACAUCAAGACUGGCGGAGGCUUCGAACCCGAUGUUGUCGUUGGACCAGUUCAAAACAGUGUCCAGUUUGAACUCGUCAAGGACAUGUACGCAGAAAUUGGCAAGAGCGGCUGGAAUGUUGCUCUUGAGGGUUCUGUGCGCGAAAACUCAAAAGGCUACUUUAUCGAGCCUGCCAUCAUCGACAACCCGCCUGAGGAUUCACGCAUCGUGAGAGAAGAGCCUUUUGGCCCCAUUGUGCCGCUGUUGAAGUGGUCAUCCGAGGAGGAUGUCAUUGACCGUGCAAACGCACUCGAGACGGGCCUUGGUGCUUCGGUGUGGAGCAAAGAUGUGAAACGGGCGGAGAAAAUGGGUCGAUGUCUAAGUGCCGGUAGCGUCUGGAUUAACUCUCACUUUGAUGUGGCUCCGAAUGUUCCGUUUGGAGGACACAAGGAGAGCGGUAUUGGAAUGGAAUGGGGUAUUGAAGGCUUCAAGCAGUACACCAACACCAGAAGCCUUUGGGUUUGGAAGAAGGUGUUUGAGUGA